GAGAGAGAGAGGGGGAGGGAGAGAAUGAAAAUAGAUAGAAGAAAAGCAACUGUACAAAUCCAGCCGUUCAAAAUACUCUUGCUAGGUCAUUUUAUCCUACUAGACUGGGAAGAGAAUGAAAAUAGAUAGAAGAAAGUAACUGUACAAAUCCAGCCGUUCAAAAUACUCUUGCUAGGUCAUUUUAUCCUACUAGACUGGGAAGAGAAUGAAAAUAGAUAGAAGAAAAGUAACUGUACAAAUCCAGCCGUUCAAAAUACUCUUGCUAGGUCAUUUUAUCCUACUAGACUGGGAAGAGAAUGAAAAUAGAUAGAAGAAAAGUAACUGUACAAAUCCAGCCGUUCAAAAUACUCUUGCUAGGUCAUUUUAUCCUACUAGACUAUCCAAUUUGUACUAAUUACAAAUAGGAUGGUGUGCUUGUUGAGAAGAUACCAGAUAUCCAUCUGCAGUCAUUAGAUAUGCUCUGUUGUAGAGGGAGUUUACUUUAUGUUGGGUUGUUUUGUGUUUAGUUUUGUGAGCAGACAUACUUCAAUAAACGAGGAAGAAGAGAAAAUGUCGUCUUCCAACAACCAGUUUAAUCCCCCUCCUCCACUCUUGCUCCGUCAAAUAACAUCGCCUGUUUCAUCACAGCCUCCGCCCAUUUUAAGCGACACUGACCCUCCAGCUCCAGCUCCUCAUGAAAAGAGCCCACCUAGCCCAGAUGACAUUGAUGGAUCAAGAGGAGUGGAGGCUGGACAAAGGAAAGGAGCUAAACGUUCACCUUUAUAUGGAGAGAUUAUUGUAUUGGGAACUAAUGGCACCCUCCUCUGUGCUCCUCUUAGUCCUAAAAUGUCUCACAGUUUCGUUUUAAAGAAGCAACCAAAGUCUACCGGUGUAUCACUGAUCGUCAGAAAUCCUGGGGAUGCUGAAUCUCUCUCUCGCGUUCACACCCAUACUGUUGCCAUGACAAUGUCAAAGACAAAAACAUCAGUUAUGGAGUUUGGGCCAGAUCCAUCAGUCGACAUGUUUCAGAUUGGGCGAUCUGCUGAUUCAGCGAUUGAUUUUGUCGUUGUUGAUACGAUAGAAGAGGAAGCUGGGGAGGGAAGGAGAAGAGUCUUCAACAGCUCCAGUUCUGUUUCUAGAUAUUCGUGUCGUAUUCUUUGUGAGAGAGAACCGCCUUACACAGCAAAGCUAUAUGCAGCAGCUUUUGAUACUAACAGAAAAAUACAACUCUCAGCUGCUGCUCCCACCUGGUCCGACAGUGAAACAGGCGCCACUGAUGGCCUCACGACUAAUGGUGUGACUUUACUGAGACCACAGGGUGUGUUUGAGUCAGGGGUGGAGCCUGGUGAGUGGAGAGAGGUGACUGUAAUGGGUAACCUCAGAGAGAGGAGACCACUUCGCUCCUCAAGAGAGCCAGGCCCACCAAUACUAAUGGAAACAAAUGUCUUGACUGAUGGCUGUCUGAUUGACCUCUGUGGGGUGACACUGAUGUGGAGGUCAGCAAUGGGGCUUGACCAUGGACCAAGUAACACUUUGAUCAGAGACAGACAAACGGCUCUCAAUAACAUGACCCCACAGUGCCCCGUUAAUUUCAUGACCCUUCACUUUAAAAGUGGACGACUGGUCACUACGCCAGCGACAGAGACUGGCCUUGAAGGUGAAACACUGAGAGAGCCCUGGGUCUACAUGAACUGUGGACAUGUUUUCGGUCAGCACAGUUGGAAAGGACUGAAAGAUGAGGACAAUCAUCAGAGAACUUGUCCUUUAUGUAGCAAGGUCGGUACAUACACUAAGUUGGAAUUAGGUAACGAGAGAGCUUUUUUCGUGGAUGACGGACCACUGACACACACCUUUUCACCUUGUGGCCACGUCACGACAGAAAAAACUGCAAAAUAUUGGUCUAAGGUGUCUUUGCCUUAUCUUGCUAGUCAGUGGAUUAGUUGCUGUCCAUUCUGUAGCUCACAUCUUUGUCCAACCAAACCACUUGUUAAACUAUUCUUCAAUUGAUUAUAUUUAUUUAUGUUUUAUCUGAAAAAAACUAAAAUUGCAUACACACCACCAAGAGAUUUUGCUAUAUUAAUUAUUAUCAUUUUCCCAAUAAAAUUAUUAUUAUUAAAGUCUA